ACACUGUUCACAUGUCUGCAAAAGUCAGCACAUAUUUGUACAAAAUGACGGGACUAAAAAUGGCAGAUAAGAUAAAAUUGGACAAAGUGUAUAACCAAGAGGAUUGUACUCCAGCUAGAGGAGAACACAAACGCUCUGCAUUCGCCCUGAUUGCUGCACUCUCCACCGCUUUGGUUCUUGGUGCCGUUUUUGCUGGGGUAAUAUUCCAUCUCCAAGCCGAGAAAAGUUCCGCAAAUCAAGAGUGGAUUUCGUGGAAGCGUCUCCAUGGCAACAUAGCGACUCACGAGUCGGUUGUCAUCAACGUGAAGGAACGGACCAUACUGAUGGUGUCGGCCGAGGCUUACAGACUCAACGCUCAAAACUCUCUGGCCCUGCAUGACUUCAAAGUGGGUUAUGUUGCCCUGAGAGAAUUCAAAAGGAACCGUUGUUUCGUGACUAAAGUUUCACAUCCGGAUUUUGAGGCUGUUAAAACUACCGUCGAAGCGAGACAGGGACGAGAUCUGGCUCCACAGAAAGUGAAACUCGCCAGACUCCGGCCUGGGAAUAUGACGUCAUCAGAGUUAGGCCCCACACUGAGCCAAUUCUGCGCCGGCGUGCCCGCUGUCUGGUUUGAUCUUACCGAUGACACAGGAAUUACAAAGAGGCGUGCUGACGACCAACAAAGCCAUGAGAGACUCAACUGCGUGUAUUAUGAGAUUGAUCUACCUUUCUGGGACAGUUCAGUUGAUUAAUGAUAUUUCAAAACCAACAGAGCAAAAUGAGAGGCGUCCACAUAAGCUCCUAGUUAUACAACACGCCAACGGAUACAGGCAAAAUGAUUUUGUGAAAGAUACAUCUAAAACGUAAAGAAAGUUUACAUACACAUCAGGUGUGUGUAUGUCCUAUAUUAUUUCAAGAUCAUGAUGGUUUUCUUUUUCUUUUCUUUUUUUGCCUCUAAGGCUCCAGGCUGUAUAUUGUAUAUCGGCCAUAAUACUGACAUGGCAGUCGCCAUGUAAACAACAUGCACCGCCUUGAGGCGCAACGUAAAUAAAAAAUAUAAACGCU